AUGCCAGAAAGGCUAGCUGAGACGCUCGUGGACCUCUGGACUCCAUUAAUAAUAUUAUGGAUUACCCUCCCCACUUGUGUGUACAUGGCUCCGAUGAAUCAAGCUCACACGUUAACCACUGGAUCCCCUUUGGAACUAAGCAGGCAGAGUGAAGAACUGCGAAUUUUGAACCGCUCCAAAAGAGGCUGGGUUUGGAAUCAAAUGUUUGUCCUGGAAGAAUUUUCUGGACCUGAACCGAUUCUCGUUGGCCGGCUGCACACAGACCUGGAUCCUGGAAGCAAAAAAAUCAAGUAUAUCCUAUCAGGUGAUGGAGCUGGGACAAUCUUUCAAAUAAAUGAUAUAACUGGAGAUAUCCAUGCUAUAAAAAGACUCGACCGAGAGGAAAAGGCCGAGUAUACGUUAACAGCUCAGGCAGUAGACUGGGAGACAAACAAACCUCUUGAGCCUCCUUCCGAAUUUAUUAUCAAAGUGCAAGACAUCAACGACAACGCACCAGAGUUUCUCAAUGGACCUUAUCACGCCACUGUGCCAGAGAUGUCCAUUUUGGGUACAUCUGUCACUAAUGUAACAGCCACCGAUGCUGAUGACCCAGUUUAUGGAAACAGUGCAAAGUUGGUUUAUAGUAUCUUGGAAGGACAGCCGUAUUUUUCCAUUGAGCCUGAAACAGCUAUUAUAAAAACUGCCCUUCCUAACAUGGACCGAGAAGCCAAGGAGGAGUAUCUGGUCGUAAUUCAAGCCAAAGAUAUGGGAGGACACUCCGGAGGUCUGUCUGGAACCACAACACUUACAGUGACCCUUACUGACGUUAAUGACAAUCCUCCAAAAUUUGCACAGAGUUUGUAUCACUUCUCAGUACCAGAGGAUGUGGUUCUUGGCACUGCGAUAGGAAGGGUUAAAGCUAAUGACCAGGAUAUUGGUGAAAAUGCACAAUCAUCCUAUGACAUCAUUGAUGGAGAUGGAACAGCAUUAUUUGAAAUCACUUCUGAUGCCCAGGCCCAGGAUGGUGUUAUAAGACUAAGAAAGCCUCUGGACUUUGAGACCAAAAAAUCCUAUACGCUGAAGGUGGAGGCAGCCAAUAUCCACAUCGACCCACGUUUCAGUGGCAGGGGACCCUUUAAGGAUACAGCAACAGUCAAAAUUGUUGUGGAGGACGCUGAUGAGCCCCCUGUCUUCUCUUCACCAACUUACCUCCUUGAAGUUCAUGAAAAUGCUGCUUUGAACUCUGUGAUUGGCCAAGUGACAGCACGUGACCCUGACAUCACUUCAAGUCCAAUAAGGUUUUCCAUCGACCGUCACACUGACUUGGAGAGACAAUUCAACAUCAAUGCAGAUGAUGGGAAGAUAACACUGGCAACCCCACUGGACAGAGAACUAAGUGUCUGGCACAACAUCACCAUCAUUGCUACUGAAAUCAGAAACCACAGCCAGAUAUCUCGAGUGCCUGUUGCUAUUAAAGUGCUGGAUGUCAAUGACAACGCCCCUGAAUUCGCAGCUGAAUAUGAGGCAUUUUUAUGUGAAAAUGGAAAACCCGGCCAAGUCAUUCAAACAGUAAGCGCCAUGGACAAAGAUGAUCCCAAAAAUGGACAUUAUUUCUUGUACAGUCUUCUUCCAGAAAUGGUCAACAACCCAAAUUUCACCAUCAAGAAAAAUGAAGAUAACUCCCUGAGCAUUUUGGCAAAGCAUAAUGGAUUCAACCGGCAGAAGCAAGAAGUCUACCUUUUACCUAUAGUGAUCAGUGACAGUGGGAAUCCCCCUCUCAGCAGCACCAGUACCUUGACUAUCCGGGUCUGUGGCUGUAGCAAUGAUGGUGUGGUCCAGUCAUGCAAUGUUGAAGCUUAUGUCCUUCCUAUUGGACUCAGUAUGGGAGCCUUAAUUGCCAUACUAGCAUGCAUCAUUUUGCUGCUAGUCAUUGUGGUCCUGUUCGUUACCCUGAGGCGGCAUAAAAAUGAGCCAUUAAUUAUCAAAGACGAUGAAGAUGUUCGAGAAAACAUCAUCCGCUACGAUGAUGAAGGAGGCGGGGAGGAGGAUACAGAGGCUUUUGACAUUGCCACUUUGCAAAAUCCAGAUGGAAUUAAUGGAUUUUUACCCCGUAAGGAUAUUAAACCAGAUUUGCAGUUUAUGCCAAGGCAAGGGCUUGCUCCAGUUCCAAAUGGUGUUGAUGUCGAUGAAUUUAUAAAUGUAAGGCUGCAUGAGGCAGAUAAUGACCCCACGGCCCCACCAUAUGACUCCAUUCAGAUUUAUGGCUAUGAAGGCCGAGGGUCUGUGGCUGGCUCCCUCAGCUCCUUGGAGUCCACCACAUCAGACUCAGACCAGAAUUUUGACUACCUCAGUGACUGGGGUCCCCGCUUUAAGAGACUGGGCGAACUCUACUCUGUCGGUGAAAGUGACAAAGAAACUUGA